AUGGCUGGCGAGCAUACUAAGGUUCCCUACCACCUCCAAGCUCAUGGGAACCAUUUGACUGGUUAUGCUUUGAAGGGUUUGCAAUACGAGAUCGAUCAGUUUGGGUCGCCCACAACAGUCGCUGUUGCUGAGGACCCCAAUCUUGACCCGUUCUAUCUGGAACGAGCGCUGGAGACAUCAAAGCACUGGGAUACUCGGACGAUAGAUGACUCGGACAUCGAGCUGGAAGACUUGGAGAAUGAGUAUUUCAUGUCUUACAUGACCGAGAAAAAACAGCCGUCGAUACCAAGUCAAUUGUAUCAUCCCACGCAAAUUCUGGCAGAUCAUUACAACUCACAACCUCUACGAACACCUGUCUGCCCCGCGACACCUGAUUGGCAACGAAAUUACAACCACUGCAGCCAAGGUUCUUGCAGUUCCAUCAAAACGGAUGAUUCCGGCGUGACUCCGGAUCUCACACCAAGUAGCUCAUUCUCAUCGACAAGCUCUGGCACCAAUUGCCCCGACGAGGUCAGAAAAGCUACUCAGCAAUUAGCCUUCCACAGUGAAAAGGCUGGUCGCAACCGAACUCAAGGUCCUCGCUUCUUCCUCCCAGUAGCUACCCCUGACACAUGGUCGGGAGCUUGCACACGGCCUUCGACUCCGACCGAUCGUGUAGCUGCUGCCAAUCCUGGAUUUGGGAAUAGCUCAUCUGAGACGCUCGUUAUGGUGCACAAAGAAUCUGCAGCGCAUGCAGCAUCGUCUCUUCGCUCGAAGCCGCUCCCCAGCCUGCCGCCCAUUUUGAAAAACCAGGGCCCAACCCCUGUCCCAAAAAAGAGUCACAAUAGCGGGUCGAAAUCCCAUAUUGACACCUCACUCAUCUCACCGCCUAGUCUCAUGAACCCAGUCACUAUGGAGCCCCACACUUCACCAUUCGAUCACGCUCUCUUCAUCCCAGCGCAUGAUUGUCCCAGCCCAGCCCCAUGCCCUGCAAAUCCAUCUCCGCCUAUCACGCGGCAGGCCACCAAUGCCUCGACCAAAGGACGACCCUCGACAUCGACCUCGGUCGCCUACGGAGAACAAUCUGUGUGGGAAUCGGACUCGGAUUCGGAAUCUGUGAGUGGGCGCUCACAGUCCCGCCGCGGGCCUAUCGAUACGCUUCGGAAGGUCCGAAGUCGAGUGCAGCUCCGACGCAUCGCCAAGUCAGACGCCAAGUUACACGCGGAGUUCACUAGUACCCUAGACGCAGGGCUUCCGACGUCUCCGCCACCGCCAGAACUUCCACAUUUGCCGCUUUAUUUAGACGAUCGCGCAGCUGUCAGUGUCACCUCCGUCUCCGAUGUACUACCUAAACCCCUUAAACAGACCUUGCGCCUCGUGGCUCCGUCAACCACGUCGCUGCCCCGAUCGCCGUCCCGACAAAGCACUGAAAAGGGAAUAAGCGAGAUCAACACGUCGACGGCUGCGGCAAUUCAAGCACAAAGCCGCCGCCGCCAGCGGUCUAAUGCGACCGAUGAGUCUCUUCCAUUCUCCAAGGCAGAAACAAUCCACCAAUAUUACUGCCAUCAACAGCGUUCAAAUACGGAGACCUCGUCAAUAUACCGUACAAGCGUCUUCAAGAGAAUGUGGGGAUCCUUGCGAUCCUUGAACUGCAGCAACAACUAA